ACUGUGUGUAUAAAACGCUACUACUGCUGCAACUGCUACAACUGCUAUUACCCUCAUCUAGCUCUCAUGGAAGGCCGGCAACAUCAAAACAUCUCUUCACAGCCAAAAUUUAAAAUCCUUCCUGGCGCAGCUGCUGACGGUACUGCUUCUACAUUUCAGUUCGCACAUGAGGAUCACACACUUGGCAAUGCACUUCGCUACAUAAUCAUGAAAAAUCCCGAAGUUGAGCUUUGCGGUUACGGUAUUCCGCAUCCCUCAGAACCGCUCAUGAAUCUGCGUAUACAGACCAAGAGUGAAAGUCACACUGCACUGGCUGCACUUGAAAAGGGACUCGACGACCUGACUGAUUUGUGCGAUGCGGUUCAGGAGAAGUUUGAAGCUGAGCUGGAUCACAUUGGCCGGACGUAAUCUUCUCUGCAUAGCAUACUGUACAAUACAAUCAUCUACUUCACAAG